AUGGGGCUGCCCCCCUCCUGCUUCCAGUCCUGCCUGGAUUUCUGCCCCGAAUGCGGCUCCGUCCUGCCCCGGCCGGGCCCCCGCAGCACCAUCCGCUGCCCCCGCUGCGCUUUCGCCCUCCACACCGACGAUUUUGAGGGUAAAACCAUCCGCAGCACCAUCGAGUUCAACCGGUUAGAGCCGGCGGUGGGGCGGGGGUCGGAUCCUGUGCCCCACCUCGAGGGGCCCCUGGUGGAACGGCGGUGCCCCCGCUGCGGGCACGAGGGCAUGGCGUACCGCACCCGGCAGAUGCGCUCGGCUGAUGAGGGCCAGACUGUCUUCUACACCUGCCCCCACUGCCGGUGA